AUGAAGUGCAGUGCGUGCGGUAAGUUUAUGGCGGCGGCAGAGGGCGUUACGUGUCCUAAAUGCGAUAGAAAAUCACACAGGGCCUGCGUCAAAGUUCCUGAAGGUGUGCAGGUCCAACCUACUUGGUUGUGUCCGGACUGUAAAAUACGGACGCCCCGAAAGUCAGAUCAGAAUACGCCUGUGCGAGGACUUAAUUCCGAGAAUAUUAUCAAGCAAGACGAAGAGAAACCCCAAAGCCCUGUGGCGCAAGGUCUCAAAGAGUCGGAGCUAGCUCUUGAACUACGUAAAUUUAGAGAAGAACUGCGAGAAACCAGGGAAGAAUUUAGAUCUUUCCGACAGGAGAUGUUUGAUUUGCAUACCUCUGAAAACAAUACAGAUGAAGAUGAGCAGAAUGAAGCUCACAAUAUCUUAUCUGGAUUAAGAGAUUCUGAAGGUGAUCAAUCUAUAUUGAAACAAUAUAACAACGUACCUGGAAAUUAUGAUGAUAAGCUGACAUCAAAAGUAUAUGACAACCUACCUAAAUUUGACUUAAGUGGACUUUAUGUAUCAAGACAAAAUAAUAAUUUACCAACAUACGAUUUACCUGGAGCUGACAACGAACAGCAGCCAUCUACAUCAGGACAACAAAAUAAUUUACCAGGACGUGGAGAUUAUUUACUAGAGGAAAAUCGAUUAAACAUUAAGAUGUUGUGGUACGUUAUCGCCGUAUCUGCGCUGAUGGUGACCGUCUCGGGGCACGGACGUGUGACACAGCCUCCGUCCCGGGCUUCGGCAUGGCGUUUUGGGUUCCCCACUGUGCCGGACUACGAUGACGAUGGCCGGAAUUGUGGCGGCUUCUACCACCAGCAUUCAGUCAACGAUGGCAUGUGCGGCAUCUGUGGCGAUCCAUACGACCAAGCCCAACCACGAGAUCAUGAAAUCGGUGGAAUUUACGGAACCGGCGUCAUCGUCGCGCAUUAUGAUUCUGGAGAACUCAUCACCGCUACUGUCGUUAUCACUGCUUACCACCGCGGUUAUUGGGAAUUCAAGAUAUGCCCCGAUCCGUACAGGAACGACCAGGCGUGCUUCGAUCAAUACCUCCUCGAACUCGAGGAAGGAGGAACUAAAUACUACCCCAAUGGAGAAGGCGAAUACACAAUGAAAUACCGUUUACCCUCCGGACUAACCUGCGAGCAUUGUGUUCUGCAAUGGAGGUACACAACUGGAAACAACUGGGGUGUCUGUCAGAAUGGCACUCAAGGUCUUGGAUGCGGUAAUCAGGAACAAUUCGGAGCUUGCUCCGACAUCACUAUUAGCAUACCAGUUCAAAAUGCUGAUGAUAAUACGUAUCCACUAUCUUAUAAUCAACGACUCGGUUACUUUGACGUUCAAGCUCUCCUUCAUCUCUUAAGGACAGUAAGCCCUCGACCAAAUGUUCGAGUUGGGCCACUGCGACCUGACAUCAAGUUUUCACCUCAUGAUAAUAAAAACCCAAAAAGAAAACGUAAGGGCAAGGAAACCAAACCUCGUAAAAGGAAGAAGAAUGAGCUCAAAAUAGGGGGUUACAAGGACAACUCUAUACCCUAA